AAUAUUCAACAAAAAAAAGAGUGAGUUGUCAAAAUUAGUUGUGAAUAGAGAGACUUAGUUACAAUUCCUAAAAUCAAGGGAAAUGAAUACGUGAGCUAUUUAAGGUAGAGAAUAAUAAAUAACGAAGGUGUGGAAUAUACGAUGAAUCUCUUUCUCCUCCUCCUGUAUUCUCCAAUUCUCUGUAUAUGCUUUCUUAUUCCCUUUUACAAAAAUCCUUAGGUACUUGUUGCUAUCCUCUUUAGCUCAUAAGCUGAAACUGAUCUUUCACAUUAAAUUAAACACUGUUAUAUUCAUAUUCAUCAGUUUAUGAAUCAUCACACAACAUCAGUUCAGAAGAUUUGUUCAGUCUAUUUUUUCAUUACCAAAGGUAGGGUUUCAAUAGCAACUUGGAUCUGAUAGAGAUGAGAAAUGGGCUUCAGGCCCAUCACAGUAACCCUAAAAUGUAAGAAUACACUUUCUCACGUAUUUACGAAAAUGCCAACAUGUUUUUUUUCUUUAUAGGGUCUCUUCUUAAGAAAAGCUGACGUGGACAAUCGCCACAACAGAAAAACAGAUUCCAUGAAACUAACCGCUACAUUUCCCUCCAAAACCCGCGUUUGAAGUUUCAACCCUUCCCUACAAUGGCGUCAACAUCACCGCCGCCGCCGCCGCCACCAACAGAAUCUCCCAUACGCGACCCGCACGAACCGGAGAUAAAUUCUACACAGCGCAACUACUUGGAAGAAAUCGUUUACAAGAGAAGGCGAAUCGAAGAAAGCCAAGACAAAUCACUCAUCCACGGUUUCCAACUUCAACAACACGCCGCAAAGAUCCUCGAAUCCAACGGCCUUUCGUCGCUUCAGGAAGCAAUCGACGAAUACAUUCAAUUCAAGAAACAAACGUCUUUUACAGUCUUCAAAUCGCUUGCACUUCAUUACCCUAACGCAUUCUCGUUCAAGCUCGCGAAGCUUCUAGAAGUUCACCCUUCGAUUCAAACCCGAGCUGAAACCGUCUCUCUCUUAGUCCACAUUCUCACCGAAGGGAUUAACAAUUCAAUGAGUUCUUCCAUUAUUAUUGAACUCAAAAACCCUAUGCUACAUUCCCUCAAGCUGGAAUCCGAAGAAAGUAUGCUUCCUUCGCUUUGCGAAGCAGUUGGUCUCCUCGCUGACAGGUGUUUCCAGUCUCCUCUCGGUGGUUGGGAGGAACUUCUCGAUUACGUCUGCGUGGAAUGUCUUUCUGGCGAGUCGAAAUUGAACCAUAUGAAAGGGCUUAUGUUGUUAACGGAACUGCCUGUCACUGUUGUUCAGAACAGAGAGUUUUGGUUGAAUGAAGGGAACUUCGAUCUCGUUUUCACGCACCUCUUGAAUUUCAAUUUCUCGAUGGAUGAUGAAUUGAAGGCCUUGGCAUACAACGCAUCAAUUUCGUUGAUGAUAUUUUCGAAGGAUCUUCAGAGAACACAAGUGUCCGAUACUCUUUUACCGAUUUUGUUGAGUUUCAUCGAUGAACAAGGAGAAGAACAGGUUCUGGUGAAUAGUGUUAACCGUUUGUCGGAUUUAGCUUCGGUUGACGACGGAAAUAUCUUUUUGGGGAAACAUUAUGAAGUGUUUUGGUGCAUGAUUCGAGUCGCGGAGAAGGAAGAUGCGAGCAAGGAUUUGAGGUCUGCGGCGAUUAAUCUUAUCAAGGAACUCGAUGCAGCCAAUGCAAAUGCGAUAGAGACUAUGAUAGAGAAUCUUUCUAGUGAGGAACUGAAGAGAACUCUUGAGGUUUCUAUGAUCAUGAUGACGUAUGUUGUUGAGCAUGAUCUUUGGUAUGAAGUGGAUAAUAAGGAUUGUGUGCGCGCUGGGAUGACAGAUGCUUUCUCCCUUGGGUCCUUCUUGUUCAAUUGCCUCUCUUUAGAUUCCGAUGAAAAUGUUUUUGUUCCAAUGGCAAUUGAGAUGAUAACAAUGAAGUAUGCAUCUGAUAUCGAUUGGCGGCUUCGUAAUGCAGCAAUGUUUGCCAUUGGUUGGAUUGCAAAUAAAAACUUCAAAGGGAAAAUGAUGAUUCAGCACUAUGAGCAUCUCUUGAAUUUGGUCCUUAAGUCAAUGGAUGAUCUGAACCACCGAGUACUUUGGGCUACUAUGCAUACAAUUAGGUUAUUGUGUGAAUAUAAGGAAUUCUUGAUGCAUGCCCAAUAUCACAAAAAGUUCUUGGCUAAACUAGUUCGCGUGGUUAGAUGUCACCUUUGUGCCCGUGUACAGGCAUAUGCUGUUAUUGCCAUUCGUUGCUUGGUUACAAAGUGUGGCAUAGACAAAAUAUUAACUAUUACUUUUGGGGAACAAAUUGUACAAUCAUUACUUGUACUUCUUAAGCAUGAAAAACAGAAGUUACAGGAAGAAGCUAUUGAUACCCUGAAAUCAAUUUCUGUUUUAAUGCCGGAAUAUUUUCGCCAAAAUCAUUUAGAUACAGCAAUGGAAGCACUGAAAGUCAUAGUGUCUGAUAAGAAUCGUUUACCCAAAUUGUUUCUCCGUGCCAAAUGUCUGGAAUGCAUGGUAUUUCUUGUUAGGAAAGUUGGGCAAGAUAAGUUCGAAGAACAGGAAGUUGUUCAGGUCGUGGAAUCUCUAAUAUCUCUUGAAGGAAAAUUGAGGAGUACAGCAUGCUUAACAAAAUGUGUCAUCUUAAAGGCUCUGGAUCAAAUCUGUCGAUGCCCAAGAGUGGAUAUUAACAAGUUUAUCAAUAAAAUUAUGCCUAUGUUGCUUGAAUCCGCUCUACCGCAUAUUGACUUAACGGUCGAUAACCCCAAGGAUGAUAGCUCAGAGGACAAGCAUUUGGUUGAAACUAUAAGUACUCGGGCUUGUAAUACAUUGUCAUAUUGUGCUAUUCGGUCCUCUUUAAACUUUUCCCCUCACAUUGGCCUGGUCACUCAAAUGUUUAUCCGCUUGCUUGUUUGUCCUAGUCUUGAAAUUCGCAAGGCUUCUAUGUUAGCUCUUCCAAAGAUAUUACUCUCAGUUAAAGUAGGUGACAAAAGCGAUGGCAUUAAACGAGGUUUGGCUUUCUGCAUUGUGCGGUCUUUGAUUAUAGCGUUCAAUAAGGAAACAGAUAGUGGUUUGUCUAUAAUACUAUUGAGGUUACUUGCCGAAUGCAUUCAGUCCUGUAGUCCAUUUUUCACGGAUGAAUUAAUCAGGAUUCUUGCUCACGAGAUAAACCGUACACUAAGAGUGUUUAUUAAAGUUGAAAUAGAGAAAGCACAAAUGUGGAGUUGGAAAGGUAGAAGUGAAUCUUUUCCAAUAGAAGAAGCAAUUCAGGAUGUAGAUCACUUGAUAGCAACAACAGUUAACACAUUUAAAGACCGAUUCAUGCUAUAUGUCGAUGACCUCUUGUCAAAUGUUGUUGUGUUUUUGGCUGAUGACACGUCAGAUAGAUUGAUGGCUUUUGCAAUUUCCAUUUUUAACGUUAUCAUGCCACUAUUCCCAGACAAAUUGCCGCCGUAUCAUGAAAGAUAUAUUUCAACCUCCUAUCAUGCUUUAUGGAAUUUUUAUCCUUUUGCUCAGCUGCAUGCUACACGGGCGAUUGGUAUCUGUGCUAUAUUUGGAGGAGAUCAAUUUAAAUCCUCUGCUAGUUUGGGUGUUUCCAGACUAUACGGUUUCAUGACAAAACCACUUUCAAUAAGUGAAAAUUCUGAUUCUGAAGAUGUAAAAACAUCAUAUGAUAUGGCAGUUGCAUCUCUUGGAAAAAUUUGUGAAUUUCAUCGUGACGGUAUCGACGGCCCUGCGGUAAUUCGAAGAUGGUUAAAUCUCUUGCCAUUAAAGUAUGAUUUCAAUGAAGCCAGAUAUGCACAUGGACUGCUUUCUAAAAUGAUACAAAGGUCAGAUGAGGACCUAUUUGGAAAAAAUAACGAGAAUCUUCCUAAGAUUAUUUCUGUCGUAAAAGAAAUUUUAUCUACACCUGACCGUCUGGGAACUGAGGAAGCUAUUAAUCAGAUGAUUGAUUUUAUAGAUCAACAUGGUGGGAUGGAAGGAUAUAAGAGCUAAAAAAUAAUUCACUGCAUCAAGCACUAUAUAUGUCCAUGCGAUCCCUUCCCCUAAUUAUUAGGCUUCAAUUUUAUCUGUAGAAUUAUUCAUUAACCGCGGAGGUGCAAGAUUUUUCGUUUUCUAAUUGAGUUGUACAUUAGACAAUAAAAAAAAAAGGAAGAUUUCAAUUUUCCAAUGUGUAAAGGUACAACUUUUGUACAUACAAAUAAUACAUAUGUGUAAUAGUUUGAUA